UUUAUUGCAUUUUGUGCGAUAGUCCAGGUAGUGUAGCUAUAAAGAACAGAUCUUAGGAACUGGAAUAACACUAAUAAGUUAAUAACAGAAGAUCUAUCAGAAGAUUGGAGUUGGGUUGUACAUUUCAGAAUUGUUUAUAUAAUUGUGUAAAAAUGGUUGUAAGGCAAUAUAAUGAGGAGCUUAACUAUUUGGAGAAAAUAAAUGAAUGUUGUUGGAGAAUCAAGAAAGGCUUUCAACCUAACAUGAAGGUUGAAGGAGUAUUUUAUGUAAAUAACACAUUGGAACGAUUAAUGUUUGAUGAGUUGCGCAAUGCAUGUCGGCCAGGUGCAGUUGGAGGCUUUCUUCCUGGAAUGAAACAGAUUGCUAAUGUGGCUGCUUUGCCUGGUAUUGUAUGGAGAUCUGUCGGAUUACCAGAUGUACACUCAGGAUAUGGCUUUGCUAUUGGUAAUAUGGCAGCAUUUGAUAUGGAUGAUCCAAAGUCAAUUGUAUCACCCGGUGGUGUAGGCUUUGACAUUAAUUGUGGUGUUCGUUUGUUACGAACAAAUUUAUUCGAGAGUGAUGUCUUGCCAGAAAAAGAACAACUUGCUCAAAGUAUGUUUGAUCACAUUCCAGUUGGUGUUGGAUCUAAAGGAAUUAUACCAAUGAAUGCACGGGAUUUAGAGGAAGCAUUAGAAAUGGGAAUGGAUUGGUCUUUGAGAGAAGGUUACAUUUGGGCUGAAGAUAAAGAACACUGUGAAGAAUAUGGAAGAAUGCUUAAUGCCGAUCCAUCAAAAGUGUCCAUGAGAGCUAAAAAACGUGGACUUCCUCAAUUAGGUACAUUAGGAGCUGGAAACCAUUAUGCAGAGAUUCAAGUAGUAGAUGAAAUAUAUGAUAAAUGGGCUGCAUAUAAAAUGGGUAUUGAAGAAAAAGGACAAAUUUGUGUUAUGAUUCAUUCAGGAAGCAGAGGAUUUGGCCAUCAAGUUGCUACAGAUGCACUUGUACAAAUGGAAAAAGCUAUGAAGCGUGACAAUAUUGAAACCAAUGAUAGGCAGCUUGCAUGUGCUCAUAUUAAAUCUCAAGAAGGUCAAGAUUAUUUAAAAGCAAUGGCAGCUGCUGCCAAUUUUGCUUGGGUUAAUAGAAGUUCUAUGACAUUCCUUAGCCGACAGGCAUUUGCAAAACAAUUUAAUUCGUCUCCUGAUGAUUUAGACAUGCAUGUUAUUUAUGAUGUAUCUCAUAAUGUUGCCAAAAUAGAAGAGCAUUUAGUUGAAGGAAAACAAAAAACACUUUUAGUUCAUAGAAAGGGUUCAACAAGAGCCUUCCCACCGCAUCAUCCUUUGAUUCCUGUAGAUUAUCAGUUAACAGGACAACCAGUUUUAAUCGGUGGUACAAUGGGUACAUGUAGUUAUGUUUUGACUGGGACAGAACAGGGUAUGAAAGAAACAUUUGGAUCAACAUGUCAUGGUGCCGGUCGUGCUCUUUCAAGAGCAAAGUCACGUAGAAACUUGGAUUAUAUGAAAGUUUUGGAAAAAUUAGAAGAGUUAGGCAUAUCUAUUCGAGUUGCGUCACCAAAAUUAGUCAUGGAGGAAGCACCGGAAUCUUAUAAAAAUGUAACAGACGUUGUCAACACUUGUCACGCAGCUGGAAUUUCCAAGAAAUGCAUUAAAUUGCGGCCAAUCGCAGUUAUUAAAGGAUAAUUUCUACGAAGAUAUUUUCUACGAGGAUAAUUUCUAAGAAGAUAUUUUGUUGUUUUUAUGGUAACGUAAAGCAAAUUAAAAUU